AUGGCAGAAGCGCCUAGUAGUUCGGAUGAGACAAUAAACCAAGGCACUUUGUGCUACAGGCUGGAUGAGGUACCUGCAAUAAAAUUUAAUCUUCGCCAUGUUCUUGAGAAUAAUGUCGACUCUCGCCAUGGAGGAACUGGUGAUAUAUUACCCGGUUUGAUGUUCAGUGGAAUGGUUCGACAAGAAAAUAAGGCCACUCAGACUGAAGAUGUGGUUAAAUGUGAUCAAGAAGUUCAAACGAUCAAACCUAAAAAGGGAGUUUUAAAAUCAUUCCGACGAUUUGUACGACGAUCAUUUAAAUGUCUCAAAACAGAGGAAUAA